AUGUGCCGACAAAUUCAUCCUAAUUUAGCUAAGGACAGUGUUGGGCUUGGAGGGAGAUCAAAGGAGACAAUUAAUAGAAAGUGGGACGAAUUAGCGAUAUGUCUGAAUACUCAUGAAUCUGGAGCUACAAAAAAUGGACAAUGCUGGAGAAGGGUGAGUUUAUGUUACAUUUUGUUAUUCAUCCUUUUGUCAUCGCUAAUUGAUAAUUUUUAUAAUUGUGCUGAAUCUUAUUUUUCAUUAUAAGAUUACUUACAACCUUUUGCUAU